AGAUGUCCCAUCUCCUCUCCAUUGUCCACACGGCAUUCUGAUUAUUCCAUCAUUGGCAUUGCAUGCAAAUGGUGAUAAUAAAAUGUUUUGGCAGUCCAGAGGACCUGAAAGAAAAAGUAUCCGUUUCAUACAUCCAGAGCAGGCAAGUUCACCAUUAAUUCCAAAAUCUCAGAGCUCAUAUAGCCAAAAACACAAUGCCUUUUCCCUUUCUUACUAUCCUGCAGUUUCUGAGCUUGUUCUUUUCCUUUCAACAAAUUUCAUGUGGAAACAAUGCAACGGACUUGGAGGCCUUACUUGCAUUCAAGGCUGCCAUAGUUUCUGAUCCACACAAUGCUCUCAGCUCAUGGAAUGCAGCUGUUGAUUUUUGCACGUGGAAUGGUGUCACUUGCAGUCAUAGCCACAGGGAUCGAGUUGUCUCCAUAAACCUCCGGUACCAAGACCUGGCGGGAUCCCUUUCGCCUUUUAUAGGUAAUCUAUCUUUCCUCAGAAGCAUUUUUCUUCGGAAUAAUUGGUUUAGUGGCCAAAUUCCUGGAGAAAUUGGUCGCUUGAGACGCCUUGAGUAUAUUAAUCUCAGCAACAAUUCUUUUAGUGGGGAGAUUCCAAGAAACAUAACCCACUGUAGAGAUCUCAAUUCCCUUGUCUUGAUCCACAACAAUCUGACAGGGAGAAUAAUUCCUGAGAUAGGUUCUCUUCUCAAGCUUCAAGGUUUGGGUUUGGAAUCAAACAGGUUCUCGGGAACUAUCCCACCAUGGAUUGGGAACUUGACAUCCUUAUCUCACCUAUCAAUGUACCAUUGUGGCCUUGAAGGCCAAAUUCCAGAAUCGCUUGUCCACCUUCAUAACCUGCGAUAUAUUGAAUUAGGUGAAAAUAGAUUAACCGGCAGCAUUCCUUCCCAGCUUUUCAAUAGCUCAAUUGAAGUGUUAAGCUUGGAAGCUAAUCAGCUUCAAGGAACAAUUCCCUCUGAUGCUGGUCAUACACUUCGUAAUAUUCAUCGACUUAACUUGGGUGCCAAUAAGCUCAGUGGAGAAAUUCCUGUGUCUCUGCUGAACGCUUCAUCCCUAGAAUUUAUCAUGUUGGUAGAAAACAAAUUUAAUGGGCCUAUGCUGAGGAACUUUGAAAGCCUUCCUAAUCUUUUCUACCUAAACGUAGCGGAUAAUAGUGUCCAUGGUGACGUUAGCUUCAUUUCGUCUCUAACAAACUGCACCAGAUUGAAAGCUCUUAUUGUAGGAGGGAAUCUCCUAAAUGGUUCGUUGCCCGAUUCCAUUGCCAAUCUUUCCAGAAUGCUUGUUAUGUUGUCCCUGGAUAAUAAUAACAUACAUGGAACACUUCCGUCUGGGAUUAAAAAUCUUCUUGAUCUCACUUUCAUGAUUCUGGGUAAUAACUACCUUUCGGGUCCUAUUCCCCUCUCCAUCGGCGAACUUGGUAGCUUGCAAGUACUCAUUCUUGAAGGGAACAGAUUCACAGGUGAUAUUCCCCCUUCUUUAGGUAACCUUACCUUAUUGACUGAUUUAUAUAUGGGGAACAAUCAUCUUUCCGGUUGUAUACCUCCAACUUUAGGCAACAAUAGCAACUUGCUAACAUUCAGUCUUUCUCAUAACAAUCUGAAUGGUACAAUGCCUAGAGAAAUUUUCAGCCUUUCCUUCAUCUCCAUUUCCUUCAUCCUAGCCUACAAUGAAUUAACUGGAGUUAUUCCGCCAGAGGUUGGGCAUCUAAGAAAUCUUGGAUACUUGGAUUUGUCCAACAACAGAUUAUCUGGGUCAAUUCCUAAUGUUAUGAGCAGCUGCAUGAGUUUGGAACUCCUUCACUUGGAGGGUAACUUGUUUGAAGGAGAAAUACCCAGAGCACUCGGUGAUUUAAGGGGGUUACAAGACUUGGAUCUUUCUCGAAAUCGCUUGUCCGGAUCAAUUCCAAAUUCUCUUUGCGAGCUUCGUCUCUUGAUCAAUUUGAACCUGUCUUCUAAUGAGUUGGAAGGCAAAGUCCCAACAUCUGGGGUGUUCCUAAAUACCAGUGCAAUUUUUCUUGAUGGAAACGUUGAUCUAUGUGGUGGUGUUGCUGAUCUCAGAUUACAACCUUGCUCAAGAAUGAACUCCAAACAUAGGAAGUUACCAAAUAAAGUGCUGAAAAUAGCAGUUCCUCUAGGAGUCCUGGGAGUCAUAUGUUCGAUACUUUUGGUUCUUUUCUGUGCAUUGAUGUACAGAAGAAAAUCUAAGGGACAAAGUCUGACAUCAGUGCCAUCAAUGGAAGGACAGUUUGCCAGGCUUUCUUAUGCAGACCUGCUGAAAGCCACGAGUGGAUUCUCCAGGAACAAUUUGAUUGGUGUUGGCAGAUUUGGAUCGGUUUACAAAGGAUCUUUAGACGAUGGAAUGGCAAUGGUUGCAGUAAAAGUUCUUGAUCUUGAUGUCAGAGGAGCUACAAAGACAUUCAUGGCAGAAUGCAAUGCGCUAAGAUGGAUGAGGCACAGGAAUCUUGUCAAGAUAAUAAGUGUUUGUCUAAGCCUAGAUUUUCAAGGCCAGGACUUCAAGGCAUUGGUGUAUGAGUACAAGUCCAAUGGGAGUCUAGAGGAAUGGCUGCAUCACAAUCCAGUUGAACAAAGAGAAGAGGACAGAGGUCUUACCAUGAUUCAGAGACUGAAUAUUGCCAUCGACAUUGCAUGUGCACUUGAGUACCUACAUUUUGGCACUGAUUCAGUUGUCAUUCAUGGUGAUCUGAAACCGAGUAACAUUCUUUUGGAUGAUAACAUGACUGCCUGUGUUGGAGACUUUGGAUUAGCCAAAGUUGUUCUGAGCAUAUCAAAAGAGCUUCUGACUAAGGAAAGCAAUUCAAGUGUCAUCAAGGGAACUAUUGGGUACAUCGCACCAGAAUACGGCAUGGGGGGGAUGGUUUCAACACAAGGGGAUGUAUACAGUUUUGGCAUUCUUCUACUGGAGAUGUUCACCAAGAUAAGACCAACUGAUGGAGCUUUCAACGACCACUCCAAUCUUAGUAGUUUUGUUUCCAGUGCCUUGCCAGACUCUAUGAUGGACAUUCUUGAUCCUGUCAUUGUUCAAGAAAUCCGGGUCAGUGAUGAUUACAAGGCUAAGGAGACUAUGCUUUACGUACUGGAAAUUGGAUUAGCAUGCUCUAAUAAGUCUCCAAGGGAUCGAUUAGCAAUGACAAAUGUUGUAGCUGAGCUGAGGCAAAUAAUGAGCGGAUAUCUUGCUGAAAGGAUGAGUUAAAUGUAAGGGCAGCAUUUUAUGUUUCACUUACACAGUUAGUUGAUUAGGUGUGGUUGUAAAUUCAGUCUGCUAUAUGGAAGUAUACUGUAAUGAUUUCAGGCCUUAGAAACAGAAAGCUGAUGAUCAUGAA